UGUUGUUACCGGUAAGCUUACCCUUGUCGUGACGUCAGUUCAUUCACGUUAGCUCCUCGGAGGCACAGGCUGAGUGGGAGGGUCUGUCAGCAUGCUACACCACUUCAGGCUCUGGAGCUGUAACUGUGAGAAGGUAAUUAUCACGAGUGCGGGUUACUGACAGCGCUCAGGUGACCGGACCGAUGAGAUGAUACUAAAACACAACAGCAGCCCUCUCCUGCUCACCGUCACCUGCAUGUACUUCUCAGGAGGUUUAUUCUGGUCCUACCAAGAAGAGGAUGCCACUGACGGCGGAGAAUGCUCUGAAAAUAACAUUUCCACGACAAAGUACCCCUGCGUGAAAUCGACUGGAGACGUUACGACGUGUUACAGAAAGAAAUGUUGCAAGGGCUUCAAGUUUGUGUUGGGCCAGUGCAUUCCUGAAGACUACGAUGUGUGUGCUGGCGCGCCCUGUGAGCAACAGUGUACAGACCAUUUUGGACGAGUGGUGUGCACCUGUUACCCCGGUUACAGCUAUGACCGGGAACGCCACAGAAACAGGGAGAAGCCCUACUGCCUGGACAUCGACGAAUGUGUGGACAAGAACACAACUGCAUGCUCUCAGAUGUGCCGUAAUACUGUGGGGAGCUACAGGUGUGAGUGUGAGAAAGGCUUUUUCCUGGAAGAAGAUGGUAAAACAUGCACCAAGGGGGAGAAGAGAGUGCAUCUCUUUGAUAAGUCUGACAACGUGAUGAACGCUGGGACCUGCUCAGCCACUUGUGACGACUUCCUCCAGAUCAAGAUGUCCGUCCUGCAGCUGAAGCAGAAGAUGGCCAUGCUGUCAAACAGUGCUGAUGUCCCAGAGCAAAUGACCAGCGAGAAAAUCCUGACGUCGCCAAUAUUUUUACCGGGGCCUCCGGGUCUCCCAGGACCUCCAGGAGAUCCAGGACCAGAGGGGCCUCCGGGGCUUGCAGGGCUGUUUGGGGCCCCUGGGCCUCCUGGUCCCAGAGGCUUGAUGGGACCAAUUGGACCCACACCAGAUCUGUCCCACAUCAAACGGGGCCCCCGAGGAGCAGUGGGGUCUCCUGGAGCACCAGGAAAAGAUGGUCUAAAGGGGGAGAGAGGAGCUCCUGGGCCUGUCGGACCACCAGGACCCCCAGGCUCCUUUGAUUUCCUGCUCCUGCUAAUGGCAGACAUCCGCAAUGACAUCGCUGACCUGCAGAAUAAGGUGUAUGGUCGAUCCAUGCACCCCGGAGAGGACUUUCCCCCCGUCCCAGACAGCUGGAGGGACAACCAGGACAAUCUGGACACUGGCUCAGGUGAGGACUACAAGGAACCUCCACCUCGAACAGGUGUGGGGUCAAAGAGGAACAGGAAGAAGAAACCAAUUCGAGAGAGAACUGACUUUGACUGGAAUCUUUAAAAACCACAACUUCAGGUGUAAAUAUUUAGGUGUUCUCUUUUUUUAUUUAACUGUUUUGAACAGAAUGAACUGUACACCUUUGAUUACAGAUGUUUAUUUUUGUAUGAUAUUCUUAUAUACAUUUUGUGUGAAGCAUGUUUUUUUUUUAAUAUGAAUCUUCAGAAACAUCUGCUUCCUUCACAGUACAUUAAACAAAUCCCAUAUGAA